CGCGCCGGCAAAAUGGCGGCGCCCAGUCCCGGCGCGGGGCGCGCUUUCCCCUUCCCGGGCUCUCAGAGCGAGCAUCCCGCGAACGAGGAGCCGCCGUCAGAGGAGAAAAGGCGGAAGAAGCCGCCCUGCCGGGCCUGUACGGACUUCAGGAGCUGGAUGCGGGAGCAGAAGAAGCAAGCGGGCCCGGAAACAGAUGUCCAAGAAUCAACAUCUAAUUGUCCCCUAGACAGAGAAGAACUCGGGAGAUGUUCGUGGUCCUUUCUACACACGAUGGCAGCAUUUUAUCCUGACCGGCCCAGUAAAAUUCAGCAGCAAGAAAUGACACAGUUUAUCCAAUUAUUUUCCAAAGUUUUUCCUUGUGAUGAAUGUGGAGAAGAUUUCAGGAAAAGAAUACGAAAAAACCAACCUGAUGCCAGUAACAGGCGUAAUUUGACACAGUGGUUUUGCCAGAUUCAUAAUGAAGUAAAUAAGAAGCUGGGGAAGCCUGAAUUUGACUGCUCUCUUGUAGACCAACGAUGGCGAGAUGGAUGGAAGGAUGGAUCCUGUGAUUAGAUCUGCUGGAUAUUUUUCCAAAACCAACAAAACACCCCAAAAGCAAUCCUUUAUGGACAUUUUCUAAAGACAAAAUUGUGUGUUUGUUAUUAAUGGAGAUGAUGGAAACAGGCAAAGGGCUUUGAUGUGUAUUUUCCAUUUCUGGUUUUGAAAAUUUAGUAUUGAACCGAUCUCUCUAAUAAUUUUCAUACAGUGCCUCUACCUGUGCUCUUUUCCUGACCACUUGAAUUAUUUCAAAUACCAGCAAAUGCUGCCUUCAAAACCCUAGACUAUGCUUGAAGAAAUCAUUUGAACAUGAAGACUUUCUCAGUUCAGUGCUGAUUUAAUCCCUGGAAAUCUGAGAUGACCCAUCUGCAACUAUUUGCAGCCUUCCUUUGAGCCCAACAUCAUUUGCCUUCAUUGUGUUGCUUACAUUUUUGCAUUCAACAGAUUUCCUCCCCCCUCUCCUUAAAAUCUAGAAUAUUUUUAAUUCUAUUUUUUUUAAGUGCUAUAAUAUAAAUUGCUGGAAAACUAUGUCUGCUUACAUUUCUGCAGCGUAUAUACAGUAGGCCUGGGUCUCUCAUUUAAGGUAUGAGCAAAGGGUUUUUAUUUUUCUUCUGGCCAGACUCACAAAAGAGGACAAUCUAAAUUAAUUUACUUUUGAUUAAUGAAAUAAGCCAUAGAAAUCAUGAUAUCAUGUUACAUAUCUAGAUGCACAGCUCUUGGGAAUGGGGGCUUAAGAAGAUAUGUUCAUUCCACAUAAUGGUACAUUGCUGAGUUCCCAUUUCAAGUAAAUGUUCUUUUUACCUAUCUGAACUUUGUGUGUCUAAGGUCUCAUGACUUGGAAGUGGAAAAAAAAUGUGCUCUGAGAUACCAGGUAAAGAUAAAUCUUAUUUUAUGGCAGAGCAGGCUAGCUGCAAAAACUGUCAACAAUUGCCUUGUGAGGAAAAGCAGAAGGCUGGAGUGAAGAAAUAUGAAGAAAGUUUUUCCUUAGUUCUAUUUUAUACCACAAUACAUAAGAUCACCAAUGAAAUUCAAACUGAUUAAAGAGAUAAAUGUGGGAGACAUUGAUUAUUUAGAGGUAACCAUGAUUAUCAAUUUUUGAUAAGCAGCUACUGGGAAGAAAUUUAUGGUUUGCAAGAAUUUAGUUUCUUGUUUUAUCUGAAUAUGGGAAACUGGCUUGGAUAUACAACAUUUAACAGAAAAGGUAACUAUCAGACUCUGUUAAUUUUAGUUAUAAAUCAAUGAAUUUAUUUUUCUGUGUUGGUUCUACUUUUCCUGAAUUUGGGGAUCUUACUAGGAAAAGAUACGUGAACCUAAAUAUUUUUGUUUUACAGAAGUUGGCUAAAGUCAGGUUUUAUUGCCCAAGCAAAGCAGGUCCCAUUAAUUAAUGCAGAGUGAAUACACAUGCAGAUAUGCAAAGCACAGUGAAGAACAACUCCUCUGGUCGUCUUCCUCUGUUUACUCUGGUUCAGAAUCUGGAAACUUGCAUCAGAGAAAUAGGCUGGUGAUGAAAUGGCAUCUGGUCCUUGUCAAGGGGUGUCCUUCUUAGAAGCAUUUAAAAGGACAGCUGUAGCCUGUGGCCAAGGAUUUGGCAAGCGCUACAUAGCUGUUACUAAAGUCACAUGGGUGUUUGAUGAAGGAAAGGUCUAAUAUUUUGCACCUAAGAGAAUAAAAACCAAAUUUCUGUUGGCAGAUGUGUGGUAUGCUUUUCAUUGGCAAAAAUAUUUAAAUGCAUUUGAUGAGUGCAAUUUUAAGUGUGUCUCCAAAUUAAUUUAUUUUUGUGCUUACUAACCAAAUAAUAAAAGU